CGGUUGGGUCUGCCUGCGGCCGGGCGCUGGCUCAGUCUCGGCUGAUUGCCGCUGUCGCUCCCGGGGCCACGGGAUGACGCCUCCUCCGCCCGGACGUGCCGCCCCCAGCGCACCGCGCGCCCGCGUCCCUGGCCCGCCGGCUUGGUCGGGGCUCCCGCUGCGGCUGCUGCUGCUGCUCUGGGCGGCCGCCGCCUCCGCCCAAGGCCACCUAAGGAGCGGACCCCGCAUCUUCGCCGUCUGGAAAGGCCAUGUAGGGCAGGACCGGGUGGACUUUGGCCAGACUGAGCCACACACGGUGCUUUUCCACGAGCCAGGCAGCUCCUCCUUGUGGGUGGGAGGACGCGGCAAGGUCUACCUCUUUGACUUCCCCGAGGGCAAGAACGCAUCUGUGCGCACGGUGAACAUCGGCUCCACAAAGGGGUCCUGUCUGGAUAAGCGGGACUGCGAGAACUACAUCACUCUCCUGGAGAGGCGGAGUGAGGGGCUGCUGGCCUGUGGCACCAACGCCCGGCACCCCAGCUGCUGGAACCUGGUGAAUGGCACUGUGGUGCCGCUUGGCGAGAUGAGAGGCUAUGCCCCCUUCAGCCCGGAUGAGAACUCCCUGGUUCUGUUUGAAGGGGACGAGGUGUAUUCUACCAUCCGGAAGCAGGAAUACAAUGGGAAGAUCCCUCGGUUCCGCCGCAUCCGGGGUGAGAGUGAGCUGUACACCAGUGAUACUGUCAUGCAGAACCCACAGUUCAUCAAAGCCACCAUCGUGCACCAAGACCAGGCUUACGAUGACAAGAUCUACUACUUCUUCCGAGAGGACAAUCCUGACAAGAAUCCCGAGGCUCCUCUCAAUGUGUCCCGAGUGGCCCAGCUGUGCAGGGGGGACCAGGGUGGGGAAAGUUCACUGUCAGUGUCCAAGUGGAACACUUUUCUGAAAGCCAUGCUGGUAUGCAGUGACGCUGCCACCAACAAGAACUUCAACAGGCUGCAAGACGUCUUCCUGCUCCCUGACCCCAGCGGCCAGUGGAGGGACACCAGGGUCUAUGGUGUUUUCUCCAACCCCUGGAACUACUCAGCUGUCUGCGUGUAUUCCCUCGGUGACAUUGACAAGGUCUUCCGCACCUCCUCACUCAAGGGCUACCACUCAAGCCUUCCCAACCCGCGGCCUGGCAAGUGCCUCCCAGACCAGCAGCCGAUACCCACAGAGACCUUCCAGGUGGCUGACCGUCACCCAGAGGUGGCGCAGAGGGUGGAGCCCAUGGGGCCUCUGAAGACGCCAUUGUUCCACUCUAAAUACCACUACCAGAAAGUGGUCGUCCACCGCAUGCAAGCCAGCCACGGGGAGACCUUUCAUGUGCUUUACCUAACUACAGACAGGGGCACUAUUCACAAGGUGGUGGAGCCGGGGGAGCAGGAGCACAGCUUCGUCUUCAACAUCAUGGAGAUCCAGCCCUUCCGCCGCGCGGCUGCCAUCCAAACCAUGUCGCUGGAUGCUGAGCGGAGGAAGCUGUAUGUGGGCUCCCAGUGGGAGGUGAGCCAGGUGCCCCUAGACCUGUGUGAGGUCUAUGGCGGGGGCUGCCACGGUUGCCUCAUGUCCCGAGACCCCUACUGCGGCUGGGACCAGGGCCGCUGCGUCUCCAUCUACAGCUCUGAACGGUCAGUGCUGCAAUCCAUUAAUCCAGCCGAGCCACACAAGGAGUGUCCCAACCCCAAACCAGACAAGGCCCCACUGCAGAAGGUUUCCCUGGCCCCGAACUCUCGAUACUACCUGAGCUGCCCUAUGGAAUCCCGCCACGCCACCUACUCAUGGCGCCACAAGGAGAACGUGGAGCAGAGCUGCGAACCUGGUCACCAGAGCCCCAACUGCAUCCUGUUCAUUGAGAACCUCACGGCGCAGCAGUACGGCCACUACUUCUGCGAGGCCCAGGAGGGCUCCUACUUCCGCGAGGCUCAGCACUGGCAGCUGCUGCCCGAGGACGGCAUCAUGGCUGAGCACCUGCUGGGCCAUGCCUGUGUCCUGGCCGCCUCCCUCUGGCUGGGGGUCCUGCCCACACUCACUCUUGGCUUGCUGGUCCACUAGGGUCCCCCGAGGCUGGGUAUGCCUCAGGCUUCUGCAGCCCAGGGCACUAGAACGUCUCACACUCAGAGCCGGCUGGCCCGGGAGCUCCUUGCCUGCCGCUUCUUCCAGGGGACAGACUAACCCAGUGGAGGAUGCCAGGCCUGGAGACGUCCAGCCGCAGGCGGCUGCUGGGCCCCAGGUGGCGCACGGACGGUGAGGGGCUGAGAAUGAGGGCACCGACUGUGAAGCUGGGGCAUCGAUGACCCAAGACAUUAUCUUCUGGAAAAUAUUUUUCAGACUCCUCGAACUUGACUAAAUGCAGUGAUGCUCCCGCUCCAAGAGCCCAUGGGUCGGGGAGUGGGUGUGGAUAGGAGAGCUGGGACCCCAUCUCUGGACCCUGGGGCUGAGGCCUGAGUCCUUCUGGACUCUUGGUACCCACAUUGCCUCCUUCCCCUCCCUCUCUCAUGGCUGGAUGGCUGGUGUUCCUGAAGACCCAGGGCUACCCUCUGUCCAGCCCUGUCCUCUGCAGCUCCCUCUCUGGUCCUGGGUCCCACAGGACAGCCGCCUUGCAUGUUUAUUGAAGGAUGUUUGCUUUCCGGACGGAAGGACGGAAAAAGCUCUAUUUUUAUGUUAGGCUUAUUUCAUGUAUAGCUACUUCCGACUGCAUCUGUAUGAAAAUACCAAAACUACAUGCUGGGGGGGUGGGAAAGGGAGGGGCUGGGAAGGGAUGGGUUGGGGAGGGGGGUGAUCCCAGUCUGAGGCUCCCGGGGAUGAGAUAAGAGUCUGGAGACGGGCAUGGGUUCUUGGAGAGUGGCAUGAGCUGGCUCUGCCCUGGGAGCCCGGUCUGAGGGGGACGUUGUUGGAGCCCCCAGUGUUGGGGGUGGUUAUGGGAGGGGGUGGGGUGAGGGAAAUAAGGGAGAAUGAAGGAGAAAACUGAGCCCUAGUUUCACCGUGUUCAUUUAGAAGGACGAGCCGGGUCCUCAGGGGGAGGUUCCAGGACUCUGCCCUUGGCGUUGAGGGUUGGGGGGCGGGGGGCCUCCUCCCUUCCUCUCAGCCCCCUUCCCCAGGGGCUGUGCUUCCAUGCUCCUAGCCUCCCACCUUCGCUCAGGACAUGUUAUAACUUAGGCUAAACUGUGAAAAUUCCGAUGGGGAUGGCCUGGGCCGAGCUCUCCAGGCAGGCGGCCCUGCCCCCAGCCCUGUCCAUCCAUUUCAGGGGGCAGCUGGGCCCUUCUCCGGCUGUGUCUGGCCACCCAGGGCAGGGGCUGGGGCCAGCGGCCUUCCAGCUUUGGCCCCUGCACCUCUUCUCAAUGCACUUUAAUAAUGUAACAUAUUACUAAUAAACGAGCUAUUUAUUUA